AUAUUUACAAGGGCCUGCAGACAUGGAACUGCUUGUACAAGAGAACAUAAAAAACCAAUUCAAAGCCAAACUCUUUUAUUAACAAAUUUUUAUCAUAAUCCAAAGCAUAAAACAAUAGUUUUAAAGGGCCAAGUUAUUGAAAAAGCACCCACAUUUACAGAUGAAGAAGAGCAAAAACAUUUUGAUGAGGUUUUUGAAGAAGUGUAUAUCGAAUUGGAAGAUGAAUAUGGACAAAUUGAAGAAAUGAAUAUAUGCCAAAACCUAGGACGUCAUUUAUAUGGCAAUGUUUAUGUCAAAUUUAGGAGAUACAAGAGUGCGGAUAAAGCCCUACUAGCCCUGAACAACAGAUGGUUCGAUGGGAGGCCUAUCAACGCGGAAUUAUCGCCCGUCUUCGAUUUUUACGUGGCGUGUUGUCCCCAAUACGAGAAAGGUUGGACCUGCGAUCGGGGCGAUUUCUGCAACUUUAUGCACCUAAAACCCAUCUCCAAGGAGGCAAAAAAGAGACUCUCGGCAUUGCUAAUCCAAAGAGAAUUGGAAAGGAACCCUAAACGUCGCCACAAAAGUAAUAAAAGUAGGAGAAAGUACAGCAGUAAAAGCUCUUCAGACUCCUACACAUCUAACACGGGUUCUCGCGGAUCCUCUAGGAGUCAUAAAAGUUCUCACCGCACUUCCUCGGGUACUCUUAAAAGUUCUCGCUCCUCCACAUCAUCCGGUAGUCACAAAAGUUCGUACGGAAGUAAAAGAAGGACGCGUUCACCCAGUCGUCGUUCCACUCCGACAUACGGAAACGAUGAUAAGAGAAGGGAGGAAAGAUCGGGGAAAAAUCCGGAAGUCAGGUCGAGCCUGGAAAAAUACAUCAUAGACGAUUUCAUAGGGGAAGCCCUAUCAAACGAAACAUCCAAAGAUGGCUUCAAGAAUUAUCCAUCGACUUUGAACCAAAAUCUGGCGAAUCGCGCAUGCAACGAGAAAAAGAAUUUGCCUCUUAUCGACCAAUAUUUCACGUUCGAUUCGGCCGAAGAAUCAUCUUGAAGAAGAAGAAAAAUCCAAGAUAUUUUUGAAUAUAUUUAUUAGAAGAGACUUUUACUUACCACGUCAAAUUGUUAAACACUCGUAAGACAUAUAUACACCUAUCCUUUCCGGUAUACAAUGUAGCAAUCAAUUUAUCACACCAUUUACAAUGUAUAUUAUAUUUUCAGUGACUCUUUAAAAAGAACUAGAAAAUUGAGUAUCAUAUUAAUAAUUUAAUAACUAAGUCAAAAACACAAUUACGAUAUUAAUUUUUUUUUUGAAAUUAAUAACU